CGCAACGUCACAUUGUUGUCGAGGGGGAUUAGCGAGGCCACUUAAAUGUUUGCAGUCUGUGUUGGUUCGAGGAUUCCUCGAGUUAAAUGAUGCAUAUCCGAAUAUAUAGCACGGGAAACACACGCGUUUCAAACGAGUCAAGUACGCCGACGCAUGCGGCAUAGAACCGAGCAAACAUUUGCGAUGUAUUGAUGACAUUUGAACGUCCCGUCGCCAUGGCUUCCCCGAGGACGAGCGCCAUACGAGAAAAGCUGCAAAGGCAGCGGCGAUCCUUGCAAGAAACUCUGGUCAAACUCAAACAUGAGGGCGACGACGAGCAGGCACUGGUCCCGUCCUCCAGACUGAGCGAGGAGUCGCUGCAGACUGCAAUGAGGGAACCGCAAAGCAGCGAGGAAGACCCCGGAGAAACCCUGAAGCGAACCUUAAGGGCACAGAGACAGAUGAGAAGGAAAAAGCUGCUGGAGCAGAUGACUGCCCAGGAGUCCCCCGGUGAUGACGUGGAGGAAAUCUCCAGCGCUCGGCACCUGAGUGAAGAUGAAGCAUCUGCAAAAAGGACCACAGACCCUCCAAGAACAACCUCGAAGAGUCGCACCUCGCAGCAGUUCGACCGCUUCGUGACGCGACGUUUGGAGGAGAAGCUGAGAGCGGCCAGGUCGCAAGGCGAGAGUCUCCAGCGACAGGAGACGUCGCUAGUUGCCGCCAGUCGGCUGCGGACCCAGCGGGACAGACCGAGGUUCGACAGAGAGGCGGAUUCGGACGGCGAUUCCGGCGCUCUGCUCGUCCCUCAGGCCGCCGGCGCCAGGGUGAAGUUCCAGGAGGCCGACAGACGAGUGGAGAAGGAGCGUCCAACCACCGAGGAGGCUUACAACUUCUUCACGCUCAACUUUGAGCCAGAGGCGGAGGAGAGGACGAGUCCAAAGCAGAGGAAGUCGGGCGGCGGCCAAGAGGAGGCCCAAGAGCAGGAGGAGGCCCAAGAGCAGGAUGAUGCGGAGGAACACAGCCAGGAUCAAAACCAAGGCCGCAACGAGGAAGAGCCUCUCAUGCAGGACGAGGACGGCAACGUCUUCGUCAUCCAGCAAACGUCCAAGGACUUCCUGGAAGUGAGGAGCGCCGAGUACGUCGGGCUGCGGGAGCUCGCUCUGCGCCACCGCGCGCUCAUCUACACGCCGAGCUCCCGGACGGUGCCGACCUCAGCGAAACUGCCCGAGAACGUGACGCCUCGCUAUCUGGAGGAGGAGGGUCUUUACGUGGGCGAGCGGCCAGCCGUGACGCCCACCAACGAGAACAUUCUGGAGAACCGCAUUUUGAAAAUGGAGGAGGGAGCCAAGUGGUUCGGCGAUGACGGCAGAAUCAUCGCUUUGCCAGACCCCAUCAAAGAAUCCUCCACCAGGCCGCCGCUCUUCCAUAUGGAGGACGAUCUGGACCCCGCCCUGCAAACUGUGUACAGGAAGCCGCUCAAAUCCGAGCACACGCGUCAGUACAUCGCCGGUGCGGCCGACUCCGAAGGAGACUACCAGCUGGACGUGGACGUGUCCGGGCUCAUCUUCUCCCAUCACCCGCUCUUCAGUCGCGAGCACGUGCUGGCGUCCCGUCUGGCCCAGCUGUACGACCGCUACCUCAGCCGCCAGCGCAACAACCUGGCCGAGCACCUGACGGACAAGUUGAACGGGUUGAGGAACGCCAUGAGGAACAUGCUGGACAUCCACAGCGAGCAGAGCCUCUCCCAGGCCAUGCAGCAGAGGAUCGUGGAGUACAGCGCGGAGAUCAAGAACACGCGACAACUGCGGGACGGCGAGCAGGAGAAGGACAGGAUGCUGCUCAAGAACCUGAUCAAAGUGUGGAAGGAGCUCAAGACCCUCAGAGAGUUUCAGAAGUUCACCAACACGCCUUACAAGCUCUACCUAAGACGGGAAACCGUGGACCGCACGUCGGACGAGCGCGAGUACGAGAAGGACAUUUUGUCCGAGUUGUGGGAGCUGGAGGCCGAAGGCGAGGUGGACUACCAGAGGAAGCUGGCCGACUACAAGACGCAGCUGGACGAGUGGAAGGCCUGGAGGAGGAAACAGAAAUCCAAGAAGAAGAAGCGAAAGAAGAAGAAAAUGCAGGAUGAAACCGAAGAAGAAGACCAGGAGGCGAGUGAAUCUGAGGGGCCCGCCGAAGGAGGGCCCCCCAAGCCAGAGCCCCCGGAGAAGCUGGACUUUGACGCCGUCGAGCAGCAGGUCCGCGAGAAAGCGUCCAGGAUCCGCCGCAGGCCGGGCGAGGCCAUCCUGGUCCCGGAGCUGACUGCUUCCGGAAACAUCUCGGAGGCGGAGCUCUGUCCCAGGGCCGAAGUGGCUCGGCGGGAGGACGUUGCCAGACGUUCGGUAUUUGUCAACAUUCUGUACAACGACAAAGAAGUGUCGCAGACCAACAGGCGCAUGCUCACUUCUGACUUCAGAGUGCACUUUGGGGAGAUUUUCAACCUGAAGAUUGUCAACUGUCCCCGAAGCAUUACGUUACAGGUGUUCGAGGAAGUGGGCUCGUCGUGCUCGCUCCUGGCGCAGGUCUACGUGCCCGUGCCAGAUUCGUCGGUGUUGGCGGCCAACGCCUCCAUCGAGGAGUUUGAGUUCAGCAGCAACCAGAGGGUGAUGUUUGACCAUGAGGGCGUGGGCAGCGAUGUCCCCCUCUCCUUCGCGGCCGAAGGCAGCAACAACGUGAUCCUCCUGACCUCCGGGAAGGUUUCGUGCUGCGUUUGCUGGGGCGUCGGCGAGGACGACGUGCCGCUCGCGCCUCCCGUGUCUCAGCAUCCCGCCGCCCUUCACGGCCAUUUGGACGCCAUCUCCCACAUCGGGCCGUCCGGCGAUAUGAAGAAAAUCGGCGAGUGGGUCACGCAGUCUCGACUGGACCCCAACGAUCCCAAAAACUCCUCCAUCAUGCAGCUGCUCAAAGUGGCCAGCAGCGGCCAGGUGACGGCCCCCGAUUACUUCCGUCUGGAGCAGCUGCAGGAGGAGUUCAACUUCGCCAGCGACGAUGAGCUGGCGCGGUCCAGGCGCUUCCGCCUGCUGGCGCUCCGGAACCAGGAAGUGCCCGAGUUUCGCAACUACAAGUGCGUGCCCUCCCGCGAGAGGGAGGUCACCGAUAAAGUGUUUCAGGACUACGAGAAGAGGCUGAAGGAAGGCGAGAUCAUCGACACUAAAGAAUAUCUGGAUUCCCACAGGGCCUUAGUGGCCAAGUACCUCCAGAAGAUCCGUGAGGCGGUCAUCCACAGGUUCCUCCUGGCCAGCCAUCACUUCCUGCUGUCCGACUUGGUCAUCGAGGAGGAGAUGCCGUGUUUUGGUGGUGCCGGUCCAGGGAUUCUGGGCCUGAACCUCUUCCACCUGGCUGAGCCCAAGCGUCCUCUGAAGCCUCAGAGGAAGGAGAGGAAGAAGGUGACGGCUCAGAACCUUUCCGACGGCGACAUCAAACUGCUGGUCAACAUCCUGCGGGCGUACGACAUCCCGGUGCGCCGCUCGCAGAGCAGCGUAGCCGGACAGUCGUCGCAGGGCGCCAUCCAGGCCAGCGAUUGGCUCGUCGGCCAGGUCCAGGUGAGGCCCUUCGUGGAGGUCUCCUUCCAGCGCGCCGUCUUUCAAACCACCACCGCCGACGGGCCCAACCCCUGCUGGAAUGAGGAGCUGCAGCUGCCUUUUCGCGCACCAAACGGGGACUACAGCAUCGCGAGCUUGCAGUCGGUCAAAGACGACGUCUUCAUCAACAUAUUCGACGAGGUGGUUCACGAAAUUGGAGCGAACGACAAAGACGAAGGCAAAUCGCUGCACACUCGGGUGGAGAAGCACUGGCUGGGCUCCGUCAAGAUUCCCUUCAGCACCAUCUACUCGCAGUCCAGGAUCGACGGCACGUUCAAGGUGAAGACGCCGGCCGUGCUGCUGGGCUACAGCAAGGAGCGCAGCCACGGCAACGCCGGCGCCUACGACGCCAUGCGCAGCCUCUGCCGGGGAGCCUUCAUCACGCUCUUCAUCACCAUCGAGCCUCAGCUGCUGCCCGGCGAGUCCAUCAGGGAGAAGAUCAAGGAACUCAAGUUCGACAGCCAAGAGGACGAGCGUCUGCUGCGGGCGGCCGAGCGCUUCGAGCGCGUGGCGGCCGCCGAGUUCCCGGGCCGGCCGUGCGCCACCACCGUGGUGGACCUCAACGGGAAGACAAUCUUCAUCACGCGCUACGUACGCCCGCUCAACCCACCGCAAGAAGUGCUGGCCGACGAGCCCCAGGAGACCGCGGCUCAGGUGGCGCGCUUCGUGUCGCUCAUUCCGUCUCUGCCGGACCGAGUCUCCUUCGCCGGCAUCUGCGACCUGUGGAGCACCUGCGACCAAUUCUUGACGCUGCUGGCGGGCGACGAAGAGGAGCACGCCGUGUUGUUGUGCAACUACUUCCUGUUCUUGGGCAAGAAGGCCUGGCUCGUCAUCGGCACUGCCGUUCCCGAGGGAUCGAGCGCGUACGUGCUGACGCUGGAGAACGGCCGCUACCUGAUCUGGAACCCCAGCGACGGGCAAUUCUACGGACAGUACGACACCUUCUGCCCCCUGCAGGCCGUCGGCUGCAUCGUCAACGCCGACAAUGUUUGGUUGAACAUUCAAGAGCAGGCGUCCCCCAUGAGGAUCAGCUUUGACGUGAGCCGAGCCAACUGCUGGCGGCCGUUCUUCACGCGCUCCUUCCCGCACCCCGGACUCUCCAGCGUGCAGCCCGAGGAGCUUGUGUACCGGCGCUCGGACAAAGCGACCGCAGCGGAGCUACAAGACAGGCUGGAGAAGUUGCUGCGUGACAAGCUGAUGGAGUGGCGCCCCCAGCGGCCCACGCGCUGGAACCGCUACUGCAGCGGCGCCCUCAAGCACAUCCUGCCCACGCUGGAGCAGGGCGCCGGCGUGGCGGGCGGCGCCGGCCGCGACCUGGGCGAAGGCCACCGGCACGAGCUGCAGAACCAGCUGGGCGACAACCGGAUUUGGGGGUUCCCGCUGCACAUGGCGUUCUCGGAGAUGGCGCCCGUGGUGGAGGCGGUGCACAGCACGGGGGUGCACACCAUCCACGCGGCCAACGUGGAGUUCGCCCUGGCCGUCUACGUGCACCCGUACCCCAACAACGUGCUGUCCGUCUGGGUGUACCUCGCCUCGCUCGUGCGAGCCUCACGUGACGAUUAGAAGAAAGAAAAAAGAACACACCUGUUCGUGCAUUGAGGCACGAAAUGUUUUGCAGCUGCAAUAAAAACUCAAUUCAUUUCUAAA